GCAAAUAUAGCUGUAGUACGUCUGACGUUGCCUUCCAUUGCUCAUUCCUGUCAAAAUGGCUCGUCUACUACCAUUUAAAUUUGUUGUUGUUUUUACGGUUUUGUUCUUCGUAUGCAUGGAUUUCGUAUGUUGUAAUAACGGCAGAAGGGUUGGUGAUGCCUUGGACACUGAGUUCAGUGGUUUCUCUGUGCCUCUUGAACACUCAUUCGAAGCCGAUGAUGUAGCAAAGUUUCGAGUACGUGGAGCACUGCUGUUGAAAGCUGGACGGGAGCCCAGUGUCUCACUAAGUCAGAACCAGCUAUCAGAGGAAGACAGAACCAAACUGAAGGAAGUUGCUGCAGUGGACGGUCUGUACAGAAUCAGAGUUCCUCGUGUUUUCCUGCAGGCGGACAGACAGACAGAGCGGCAGAUGGAAGGUUACCUCACAGCGUUUGUCAGAGCCUGUGCCAUGGUUGAGUCCCACCUGAGCGAUGCAAUCACCCUCCACACCGAUGUCUCUGGGUAUCUCAUCGGUGUCUCUAUAGUGACAUUACCUGGGGCCUGCAGGGGCACUGAGGUUGAGGAUGAAGUCGAUCUGGAGGUUUUUAACACCACGCUCCGUGUCAUGGCGCCUGUUAAUGCCCCUGGACCGGAGACGGCUCUGUUCCUCGAACGAAUGGAACAGGAAUCUGAGAAGAAAGCAAAGAAUCCACAAGAGCAGAAAUCUUUCUUUGCUAAAUAUUGGUAUUUGAUUCUGGGAGGUGCAAUCUUCCUCAUGGCCACCAAUUCGGCACAGCCCCCAGCAGGGGGAGGCAGAGAGCAGAGCUGAUUCCCACUGAAUGGAUGUACAUCGUUCCUCUCGUUCUUUUCUUGAUGAUGUCUGGCGCUCAGGACCAAUCAGGAGGAGGAGCCGGGGGCGGAGCAGCCAAUGGAGGUGGCCGAUGAUCAGCACGCCAACAUUUUUUUUGUUUUUGGGAAGGUUUAGCUAAAAAUAAUUCUCUUGAACAGUUUUUAAUUGCUGUACAUAACGCUAUUUAAGGAAACGUCUGUGACACACACGACUGAAACCUGUACAGUAGAGAGGAGAUAUUGUGCCGUGCAGAUAACUGCAUUUUUAAUACUAAUGUGAAAAUAAAGUAUUUAUUACUUGAA